AUGGCCUCGGGCACAGCUAAGACCAUGAGGGAGGAAGCCACCUGCCCCAUCUGCCUGGACCUGAUGACUGAGCCAGUGUUCAUAGACUGUGGACACAUCUACUGCCGUUCUUGCAUAUUGGAAAAUCUUGAGAUCCAGCAACAGGAGUCACCAUCACAGGGAAACUUCCAUUGCCCUGUAUGUAGGGCACAGUAUCAAAGGGAGAGCAUCCGGCCCAGUAAGCAGCUAGAAAGCAUCAUUGACACCAUUAAGAAGAUGGGGCAGGAACAUCUGUGUGAAGAACACGGAGAGAAGCUCAGCCUGUUCUGUGAAGAUGAUGGUCAGCUCAUCUGCUUGUUAUGUGAGCGGACAACACAGCACAAAGGGCACCUCACGGUUCUUGCUACAGAUGCCUGUCAGGGCUACAAGGAAACCUACCAGAAAAAAUUGACAUACCUUAGGGAACAAGAAGAACAAAAUAAGAAAUGGCAGAGGAAAAUAAGAGUGGAAAUAGAAGAUUUUCAGGCUGACAUUCAGUGUAAAGAAGAGUUCAUCAAGUCUAGAUUUAAGCUUUUUCACAUGAUUCUACACAUGGAGGAGAAAUCUUAUCUAUGGAGACUGGAGAAUGAAAAAGAGCAAGUUCUGAAGAGACUGCAGGACAGUGAAGCCCAGUUGGAGAAGCAAAGCCACGAACUCAACAAACUCAUUCUUGAACUGGAGAGGAAAUGUCAGGGCUCAGUCCAGGAGAUACUGAAGGAUCCGAGAGACACUUUGGACAGGAUUUCUGCUAUGAAGUUAAAUGCACCAGAAGACGUCUCUUUGAAAAUUCCUGCUAUGCUUAAUGUUAAUAGCAUUUCACGUGGAUUGAGAAAAUUGUUUGAGACUAAUUAUGUUCAUGUUACUCUAGAUCCAGAUACAGCUCACACUGACCUACUUGUGGAGAAGAAUAAAAUCAUGGUGACUGGUGGAAGGCCCCAAGUGAAGCCUGACACUCCUGCUAGGUUUAAAGACUUACCCUGUGUCCUGGGAUGUGAGACCUUCACCUCAGGCAAAAAUUUCCUUGGGAGGUUUGAAAUAACUGGAUCUCUGUGGGAUGUCGGGGUUUGUCUGGAAAAUGUGCCAAGAGACAAUGACAAGACACGGGUUCCUGAGUCUGGAUUCUGGGCCAUCAGACACUGCGAAGAUGAUAACUAUGUAGCUCUUACGUCACCCCUAACACCUCUCAAUAUGCAGCAGCCCCUUUAUUGUAUAGGAGUUUUCCUGGACUAUGAGGCUGGACGUGUCUCCUUUUACGACUUGAAAACUUGCUCCCACAUCUUCACCUUCCCAAAGGCCUCUUUCCCUGAGCCAGUCCGGCCUUAUUUCUGUAUCAGUGGAGGUUCUUAUAUUUUCACUCAAUAA